AUGAAAAACAGAGAGAGAGAGCGAGCGAGAGAGAGAUUCCACUGAAGAGAAAUCACCAACGGGGGGAAAAAUCCAGAUCACAUUCCUGAAAUGUCCUGGAGUUUAUUAUUUUUCCGGGUUUAAAGAUGAUUUGUGAGUUUGUCCGCCUCUGUUUGUGAUCUGUGGAGAAAAUUCAGCAGGUUUAAAGGAAGUUAAUCUGCUCUAACUGUCUCAUGUUCGCUUCCUCACUUUAACUUUUAACGCUUUGACUUUUCCACUCGCGAACUUUGGCAGAAGCUAAUCAGGCUAAUUUACUCAAGGCGUCGGCGGCGGAAAGAAGCAGAAGCAUGUCUUCAGAAGAUGAGAGAUACAAGCUGGUGGUGGUGGGUGGAGGUGGAGUGGGCAAGAGCGCCCUCACUAUUCAGUUCAUACAGUCGUACUUCGUGUCUGACUAUGACCCGACCAUCGAGGACUCGUACACCAAAAUCUGCACCGUGGACGGGAAGGAGACCCGAUUAGACAUUCUGGACACAGCAGGUCAAGAAGAGUUUGGAGCGAUGAGAGAGCAGUACAUGCGAUCAGGAGAAGGCUUCCUACUGGUGUUUGCUCUGAAUGAUGUCGGAAGCUACAACGAAAUCCAGAAGUUUCACACUCAGAUCCUGCGGGUAAAAGACCGAGAUGAUUUCCCCAUGGUCCUCGUAGGCAACAAGUCUGAUCUGGAGCAUCAGAGAGCGGUUUCGAGAGAGGAGGCCAUGUCUUUUGCCAAAGAGAACCGGAUCCACUAUAUGGAGUCUUCAGCGAAGAACCGUUACAACGUGGACGAGGCUUUUCUGGAGGUGGUGCGAGCGAUAAGAAAGUUCCAGGAGACGGAAAGUCCUCCUCAGCUUGCGAAUCACGCUGGGAAGAAGAAGAGAGGUGGGUGUCCCUGCACCAUCCUCUGAUCACCUUCACACACUGUCGCCACGGAGACUGAACACCCCCCCCCCCAUCCACCCACCCACCCUCUUCACACGUCUGGUGCCUUGUGUUUGUGUGUGUGUGCGCGUGUGCGUGCCUGCUUUUUGUCAGUCAGGAGUGUGUGAUCCUGUUUAUGAUGGAGCAAAGGUGUUUAAACGUGUUUAUUUUUUUCAUCCUGCACUUUUUUUUUUUUUUUUUUUACAUUAAGUACAUUUUAAAGUAUAUCUUUUUGAUUUUAUAUGUUUAUAGGUUUGAGCAUUUCAGAGUGUACAGCAGGUGUAGCAAGCAUCAAUAGACAGCUGUACAUAUACAUACAUACAUACAUACAUACAUACAUACACACACACACACACACACACACACAGCAUGUCUGAUUAAGCUGCUAGAGCUGCUUUAUUAUUCACUUCAUUUCUCACUCUGUCUCUGUAGUGUGUGUGUGUGUGUGUGUGUGUGAGAUUAUUACAGAUCAGAACUGAAUCUGUAUUCUGACUGCACUGAUAAAAGAGCAGAAAUCCCGUUUACUCCAAAUUCAGUAAUAACGGAAAUGUAAAUGCAGCUGUUGGCCUCAGUAAAGGUUCAGAUUGCGCGACUCUAACAGUGAAUAUCGAACCUGCAGCCGCUCCACAGGAACAGUGGCGGUGUUCGGGUGACACAGACGCCAGUGAGAAUCUUCCCCAGUCUGUUCUCGUGGGCUUUUAAUCUUUAAACCUUAACUUUCACAUGCUGCAGUAACUCAGUAAAAAGAAGUUCCAGUUCCUUUACCCUUUCCUGAAGGGUUUGUCGUAUCCCUACGCCAUCAGAGACACACAACUACCACAAACUCCCCCCUCUGAAAAAGUAGUUCUCUGAAGGGAGUGAUUCCACACGUUUACAGCUUCGUUCAUACACAAACACCUUCAGCUGAAGACUUCAUCGCUGUGUUUUAUUCCAAAUAUACGUUUAAUGGCCGAGUUUGGCAGCAGCACUUAGACGUUUGUUUUCUGUGAGCUUGGAGUAAACUGCAGGCACACACACACAGUGGAGAGAGAUCAGAGUGAAACACACUGUAGUUUACCUUUAAUCGGGUGUAGUUUAAGUGGUGUCAGGAUGUGAACAGAGUUUGUGCUUUCCUGCUUUUUUUCCUGUCGUUAGCUAUUCAUCAGCGCCCCCACCAGGACAAUCAGUUUGUACCAUGCUAAACUGGAGCCCAUGACUGUUGGCUACAUUCGCCUCUUGGCUCCAGUUCAAGAAUAAAGAAGUAACUUUCUACAUAAGUGUGUGAGAUGGAGAUGGAGCCAUGAAUUCAGCGACAUUUGCAUUGAGAUUGUCUGUAAGUUAGGUAUGACGUGAUAAAGAAGCGAACGAUUUCUUGGCCCAAUCCUGUAACACGCUCAGUCUGACGGUCCGUUUCUUCACUUCCUCAGUUCCUACCUAUAAUCACUUCCCUCUUACUGUCUGACGCACAACAAUGGAAGAAAAGACACAUACGCCUGGUUUCCUCUGACAUCCUGUCGUAUAAAACAUGUAUAGAAGAGAAGUAAAGCUUUGGAAGGAAGUCGCAGAGAUAGUUGAUGUCUCUGGUGAAUUUGCGUAGCUAGAACAGCUCACGAACCAAGCCGAGCUCGUAACACGUCAAUCACACGCUUCUGAUAAGUGUGUCGUGUAGGACUAGAUCGCUGUGGACAGGCCACGCCCACAAGACUCAUCACCUGCGAGUGUAAAUGUAAGGUGGUGAUGACUUUUGGCUGAACUAUCACUGUAACGCAUGCAGCCUCUGGAAGCAUGAGAGUAUUAAUGCUGAUGAAUUAUCAAUUAUUUACACCAAAGCAGUGUUUAAAACCAGUAUUUAACUAUAAAACAGCGCUGAUGAGAAAAUCCUGCUGGGUUUCCUUGGAAUUUAACCCCCGUCUGAGCCGAACUGAAAGGUUUUAAACUCUGUACACACUUUAACAUGCCUGAUGACCAUGAUGGCGUAAAAAAAGACCGAAGAAAGGGAUGAGAUGAAGUGGUAGUAUUCAGGACCAGGCUCCAGUGACAGUACGGGUUUAUUAUAAACAUAUAAACGUUAACCAAAGAACACGCAGUUUAACCAUUAACUGUUUGCACCUUUCAUUAAGCAAGAGUAGUUUGACACUAAACCAGUUUUUAUGCAUAUUUGUACUGUAACGCAGGGGGUGGGGUUUUGUGUGUGUGUGAGUGUGUGAGUGUGUGUGUGAGAGAGAGAAGGUACUCCUAUAAUGACUCUGCAGAAGCCUUUUCUGUUUCUUGGAUGUGCUUUUAAGAGAAACUCCUGCCUGCUGCUUCACUGCUCUUUCCCACCAGAGGGCGCUGUACACACACCUUCACAUUCAGAUUAGACUCCACAUCAAGCAGCAGAUUCAGUCUGAAAAGCUCAGAGGUGUGUGUGUGUCUGUUAAUGGGAGCACAGGUUUCGUUAUUUCAAUCAUUUAAAAUCAAACUCUUCAUCGGUGGCUUCUGUUAUAGAAAACGUUCACAUUUUAUUUUAUACUGAAAUUGAUUUAAAAACCUCUUUUGUACACAAUUAAAGUGGUAUUUACGUAAAAA